UCGCCUCUGCUAUCUACUACAAAUCGUAUAUCACUUACGCCAAAUGGAUACAUUGACAUCGAAUGCUUCUACCCACAAUUCAGUCCAUCGCCAACUACUGUCAUUGACGGCAGCCCAUCAAUGAUGUCGAAUCCUGCCAAUCAUUGGUAUAGCCCAAUGGAUACAAUGACACUGCACUACCUCACAAUUCAGUCCAUCGACUCAAUCACUUUUCCAGAUGUCAUCGAACCACUCCGUAUUACGAUUAUUCGACGGGUGCAAUGGAAUCAAUAG